GGCGGGUGGAUGAACGCGGCCCUCUGUAAUGGCGGAGCGUGGCGGGGACGGGGGGGACGGUGAGCGAUUCAACCCGGGGGAGCUCAGGAUGGCUCAGCAGCAGGCCUUGAGGUUCCGAGGCCCGGCUCCCCCACCGAACGCAGUGAUGCGAGGCCCUCCACCUCUCAUGCGGCCUCCUCCGCCUUUUGGGAUGAUGCGAGGCCCUCCUCCACCGCCUCGGCCCCCCUUUGGACGUCCUCCUUUUGACCCUAAUAUGCCGCCAAUGCCUCCUCCAGGAGGGAUUCCUCCUCCUAUGGGCCCUCCACACCUCCAGAGACCACCUUUCAUGCCUCCCCCGAUGGGAACCAUGCCUCCUCCUCCGGGGAUGAUGUUUCCACCGGGAAUGCCUCCUGUGACUGCUCCUGGUACUCCAGCGCUACCUCCUACUGAGGAGAUAUGGGUUGAAAAUAAAACUCCAGAUGGGAAGGUUUAUUAUUAUAAUGCUCGGACCCGUGAAUCUGCAUGGACCAAGCCAGAUGGAGUUAAGGUUAUUCAGCAGUCAGAACUGACACCUAUGCUUGCAGCCCAGGCGCAGGUUCAGGCCCAGGCCCAGGCGCAGGCCCAAGCCCAGGCCCAGGCUCAGGCUCAGGCCCAAGCCCAGGCCCAGGCCCAGGCGCAGGCUCAGGCGCAGGCUCAGGCACAGGCACAAGCUCAAGCUCAAGCGCAGGCCCAGGCCCAGGCCCAGGCCCAGGCCCAGGCGCAGGCGCAGGCGCAGGCCCAGGCCCAGGCCCAGGCCCAAGCGCAGGCUCAGGCUCAGGCGCAAGUGCAAGCACAAGCACAAGCAGUAGGAGCAUCCACCCCUACGACCAGUAGCCCAGCACCUGCCGUGUCCACUUCCACACCAUCAUCCACCCCGUCCUCUACCACUCCUACCACGACGACGGCCUCGUCAGUGUCGCAGACAGUAUCAACACCCACAACCCAAGAUCAGACCCCAAGUUCUGCUGUUUCAGUUGCCACGCCUACAGUUAGUGUUUCAACUCCUGCUCCUACAGCCACACCGGUGCAAAGCGUUCCCCAGCCGCACCCCCAGACGUUACCUCCUGCUGUUCCUCAUUCAGUACCUCAGCCAGCAGCAGCAAUACCUGCUUUUCCACCAGUAAUGGUACCUCCAUUUCGUGUUCCCCUUCCUGGCAUGCCAAUUCCACUUCCAGGUGUAGCAAUGAUGCAAAUAGUCAGCUGCCCGUAUGUAAAGACAGUCGCUACCACCAAGACCGGUGUGUUGCCAGGAAUGGCUCCUCCUAUUGUGCCCAUGAUCCACCCCCAGGUCGCUAUUGCAGCUUCACCUGCUACCUUAGCUGGAGCAACAGCAGUUUCUGAGUGGACUGAAUAUAAAACAGCAGAUGGGAAGACAUACUAUUACAAUAAUAGAACAUUAGAAUCCACCUGGGAAAAACCCCAAGAACUAAAGGAAAAAGAAAAAUUAGAGGAUAAGAUGAAAGAGCCAAUGAAAGAACCUUCUGAAGAACCUCUGCCAAUGGAGACGGAGGAGGAGGAUCCGAAAGAAGAGCCAAUAAAGGAGAUCAAGGAGGAGCCCAAAGAAGAGGAGAUGACCGAAGAGGAGAAGGCUGCCCAGAAGGCAAAGCCAGUAGCUACCACCCCUAUUCCUGGUACUCCGUGGUGUGUUGUUUGGACUGGUGAUGAGCGGGUCUUCUUCUAUAAUCCUACCACCCGUCUGUCUAUGUGGGACCGACCUGACGAUCUGAUUGGAAGGGCAGAUGUUGAUAAAAUUAUUCAAGAGCCCCCUCAUAAAAAAGGAAUGGAAGAAAUGAAGAAACUAAGGCACCCAACCCCGACAAUGCUAUCCAUCCAAAAGUGGCAGUUCUCUAUGAGUGCAAUUAAAGAAGAACAAGAAUUAAUGGAAGAAAUGAAUGAAGAUGAACCUGUUAAAGCCAAAAAACGGAAGUCACAGACUAUCUCGCUAAGUUCCUGCAGGUCACGGACUAUGUCUUCUAUUUCUUUUGAUUCAUACCCUAAGUUAAUUACCUCUCACCAUAUUUAUAGGAGAGACGAUAAUAAAGACAUUGAUUCAGAGAAAGAAGCUGCAAUGGAAGCUGAAAUUAAAGCUGCCCGAGAAAGGGCCAUUGUCCCUCUGGAGGCCCGAAUGAAGCAGUUCAAGGACAUGCUGCUAGAGAGAGGGGUGUCUGCUUUUUCCACGUGGGAGAAGGAGUUGCACAAGAUAGUGUUUGAUCCUCGGUACUUACUUCUCAAUCCUAAAGAGAGAAAACAGGUAUUUGAUCAGUAUGUAAAGACCAGGGCAGAGGAAGAACGCAGGGAAAAGAAAAACAAAAUAAUGCAAGCCAAGGAAGAUUUCAAAAAAAUGAUGGAAGAAGCAAAGUUUAAUCCCAGAGCUACUUUUAGUGAAUUUGCAGCCAAGCAUGCUAAAGAUUCACGAUUCAAAGCAAUUGAAAAGAUGAAAGAUCGAGAAGCCUUGUUUAAUGAAUUUGUGGCAGCUGCAAGGAAGAAAGAGAAAGAAGAUUCGAAGACCAGAGGUGAGAAGAUUAAAUCAGAUUUCUUUGAGCUAUUAUCUAAUCAUCACUUGGACAGUCAGUCUCGAUGGAGCAAAGUAAAAGACAAAGUAGAGAGUGAUCCGCGUUACAAGGCUGUGGAUAGUUCAUCAAUGAGAGAAGACCUUUUCAAACAGUAUAUUGAAAAAAUAGCCAAGAAUUUAGACUCAGAAAAAGAAAAGGAGCUUGAAAGGCAAGCCCGCAUUGAGGCAAGCCUCCGAGAACGUGAGAGAGAGGUUCAGAAGGCUCGGUCAGAACAAACGAAAGAAAUAGAUCGAGAGAGAGAGCAACACAAACGAGAAGAAGCUAUCCAGAAUUUCAAGGCUCUCCUGUCUGACAUGGUCCGAUCUUCAGACGUGUCAUGGUCUGAUACUCGGAGGACUCUGCGGAAAGAUCACCGCUGGGAAUCGGGGUCCUUGUUGGAAAGAGAGGAGAAAGAGAAGCUCUUCAAUGAGCACAUCGAGGCGCUCACCAAAAAGAAGAGGGAGCACUUCCGGCAGCUCCUGGAUGAGACGUCUGCGAUUACCUUAACGUCCACAUGGAAAGAAGUGAAAAAAAUCAUUAAGGAAGAUCCUCGGUGCAUUAAAUUCUCCUCCAGUGACCGGUCAGUUCCACUAGAUAGAUGUACUCAGGCUGUCAAAGGGCCUGACUCUGGAGCUGCGCUGGCCGAUCACCGUAGCGGAGCCCUGUUCUGGGCCCAGCGAUGCCUGUGCAGGAAACAGACUCACCUCGGGUCUGAAAUAGCGAAUGAUGCCAAGAAAAAACAAAGAGAGUUCGAAGAAUACAUCAGAGACAAAUACAUCACAGCCAAAGCUGACUUCAGGACGCUUUUGAAAGAGACCAAAUUUAUAACAUAUAGAUCCAAAAAGCUAAUCCAGGAAUCCGAUCAGCACCUGAAAGAUGUAGAAAAAAUUUUGCAGAACGACAAACGGUAUCUAGUCCUGGACUGUGUGCCAGAGGAGAGGCGGAAGCUGAUUGUGGCCUACGUGGAUGACCUGGACCGCCGGGGCCCACCCCCACCGCCCACAGCGUCCGAGCCCACCAGGCGAUCCACAAAAUAACUGCGUACUCUUCCCUAGGGGUAGCUAUUAAUUCAAAAUGCUUGCAUGAGCCAAUUUUGGGUUUUUACAUGUUAUGUGCAUUAGUCAAACGAUUGCAGAACCAUCUGACGAAAAGGAGGAGAAGCAUUUGUGAACAGUUGCUGGACAGAGAACACUUUGGAAAUAUUUAUGCUUUUCUUUGUGUGGCAUGACUGACAUACAUACUCAAAUAUAGGCUGUCUCUAGUAAAUCUAAAAUCUUGAAGCUAAAAAAAUCAUCCUUUUCUGAGGUGUGGAAGUCAGUGACUUUUGGUGACGUUCUUCUAGCAGUGUUAUCCAUGCAAGACGUAAGAGCAUUUGUGGUUUGAACUUGCAAGAUACAAAUACCACAGACUCCAAGAAAACCUAAGCUGGGGUUUGUUUUGUUUUGAUUUUGUUUUUUAAAGCGGGUAAAAGAAAACACACUGAAAAUUGAAUUCUUAUCUUCCAGAGGUUAAGAUUAUUAUAAUGGACAUACUUUUACCUUUGUCUCUAAAGAACACUUAGUUUUAUUUGUUCACUUAUGUGCUUUGAUUACCCCCUCUAAAUUAUAGGCCAAGUCUUGUUGUUUAGCCUAAGAGAAGAUUUCUGUAGUAAUUUCUUCUCAGGUAUGGAGCCACGGUCAUACUAACAUGUGGGCCAGAGUAGGACUGCUGGUUAAACCCCUUCUAUUCACCAUUAAGUGAUCUUCAUCAAUAUUUUGGAUUAGACAACAGAUUACCUUUCUGGGUGUUCCCUGUAAACUAUACUCCUGUUUGAAUGUUAAACUUUUGUUUCUAAAGUUUAAUUUUAAGAUGUUUGAAUGUUCAGUUUAUGUAUUUGAACUACAAUAAACCAACCCUUUUUAUAUA